GAUCAUUUUCCUAGACGUACAAUAUUCUAUAAUAUUUUCUGAUAACCCCAAUCACAAGCUGUACUUGCAAAACUUGUUGUAGGGAUCACUGGACGCCAUUUUCGUAGCUUUGCCAGAUUAUUUACGAUUCCGUUUGCUUCACACUUCCUGAAACCUCCCAAGCGGAGAAAGAUCUUAUUCCUUGACUACGUAAAUGAUAUAAGCAUAUAUAUGACUUCCAUUAUCAUUUCUACUUCUCCAGCAAUCAUCUCCUCCUUUUCCAGCUACCUUUCACGGUCGGCCAUGGAGGACCCCAACAUGCUUGCCGCAGACUGUGUUGUCAUAUGUUGUUGCUGUCAAUGCUUGAUCCUACAGAUUCUCAUCUUCGUCUUGCUCAAGCUUCCUUACAAACUGAUUCGUAAGACGAGGGAUUAUGCUAAGAAGAGGCUUCGAAAAAGGAAGAAGGAUGAUAAGAUUACAGAAAGAGAAAUGGAUCGAUACGAAGAUGAUGAUAGCUUUGUGGGAAUGCAUGGAGAGUCUUUUAGAAUUGAAGUCGACGGUUUAUUCAGAGAUAUUGGAGACCAUGGUUGUGGGUCUUGUAUGGAGGAAGUUGAGAAGGUAUUAGAGGAGAUGUCUCAGAAGGGGGAGUUUGCAUUUGGAAGCUUUUGGGGUAGGAAGGGAUCAUCAGGAAGCUUAUCAACUUGUGUAGCAAAACAUGAAUUCGAUGGCAGAAUUGUACCGAAUCAAAUAAUUGAAAUGAUUGAAUCUUACAGCUAUCAUAGCAGAUCCAACAUCAUUUUGCCAUUUAGAUUAACAGUUUGAUAGCUGUAUUUGAUAAAUGUUUGCUUUUAGAUUUGGAUUUGCCAUGCAGAGAUCGACGACAGCCCGGCCAAAGAGCCAUUCAUCCUUUAGGGUCUGAUUAAAAUUGCUCCAUCCAUCCAUUUUAUUUAACUUAUUUCCCGUUCAAAACAUGCUUUAAUGGUUUAGUUAUCCAAUACUGAGAAUGGUCCAUGAUGUCAAAAUUUUUGGGUUGGAAUCAGAAUGUGAAUUGGUACAGGCUUACAGCAUCCCUGCGUAUUAAGGAUCUUCAAGCAAUGAGCGGGCUGAAUGGAAUGGAGAACCCUGCCUAUUUACCCUGUUUCUUCAUUUCUUUUCUUACCGCAAUUUCGACCUGAUUGUCUGCUCCCACUCUCUCUCUCCCACUCCUACUUUAAGUUCUACAAUUACAGCCAUUUCGAACUCAGCGAAAGUACAUCAGAUCAAACAAAAAUUUGAAGAGCCUAAGCAUCAGAAUCCAAACUACUCCAACAUAAGUUUUCUCCAUUUCCUAAAUCGAAACCUUUUCUAAAAUAUUAUACCUCACACGUCACAUCCCAUGCGGCCAAAAAUAGCUUGCGGUGGGAACCUCUCUUAUCUCCAUUUCGACACUUCCUUUUUAUGCUAACUGCCCAUUUGGCCAUUUCACUACUCCACAGACU